ACAUAGGUUGGCUUGUCGGUCAAGACAAACUAUAAAAAUUGAAACUAUAAAUUAAAAUUGGUUCGAGAAGGAAAUCGGAACUUUGAGAAUUAAUUCAGAAGAAAGAGGAAGAACCCAGAAACAGCAGAUUUUCAGGAGAAAACCCAAUUCCAGCUUUUGCUGAAGAUUUUCAGAAGAUUUUUUCUAUGGAACCUGUGACUGUGGGAGUUGCUGUUGGGGCUGCUGCCUUGGGAGCCAGACAGUUGAUUAAAUUUUGGCAAGUAUUUAGAUCUGCACCCAGGAUUCGCAGGUUUUAUCCUGGUGGAUUUCAACCCACCAUGACUAGAAGAGAAGCUUCCCUGAUUCUUGGGGUCAGGGAGAAGGCACCAUUUGAUAAGGUGAGAGAGGCUCAUAGGAGAGUUAUGGUGGCAAAUCAUCCUGAUGCAGGUGGUAGCCAUUAUCUAGCUUCAAAGAUCAAUGAGGCCAAGGAACUCAUGCUGGGAAGAAAACAAGGGUCUCAUUCUGCGUUUUAGUUACUGAUAUCUAACAUGGAUUAAUUGUUGUUAUUCGCUCCUCCGAAAAGUUUUGAUCUUCAACAGAAAGAAGUGCUGCGGCCUGAUUGUGUAGGCGUGUGCAUAUACUUUUCAGGCCUGAUGAUGUAUGAAAACUGAUGAUAUUUCCAUAUACUGCAGCUUAGAGUUCCUUGGAAAUAUUCAUUUGUAUACUAAUGUUGUAUGAAUGAACUUCUCAUUGCUGCAUCUUUGCUGUCUCUUUGUUCUCAAAUGAUUUUUUUUUCCCCUGGCAUUUGUGAUUGAGAAGUUUUCAUUUUUAUUCAAGUAAAACUUUUCAUCUUUGUUCUUGUAAAUUGAGAAGUUUUAGUGCGUUGGAGC